UAGCAUCUGUACUUGCAAGAGCAGCAGCCGCAUCCUCAUCAUCAUCUUUGGUAGGUGUUGCUGCAUCGUCAUUACCCUUGUCGUCUUUUGCAUCUUCGUCUGCCUAUUCGCUCUCCGGUGCUGUUGCAGUUUAUCCACAAAUGAAAAAGUAUUGUCGUCGUUUUUUAUUCGUAAUUAGCCUCGUUUGUUUACUGCACUCUUGUCUAUUGUGGAACACCGCUGAAGCUGCCAUUUCAAAUCGAGCCACCAAUAGCCGGCCGCUGAACAAUUCACCACAAGGUUCAUUAUCGGGGCCCCAGCCACGUUUUCUAUCGCGUGGUCAUACAUAUCGUGCUGUAGUGGGUGAUACUUUGGUUUUACCCUGUCAAGUGGAAAAUUUAGGAUCAUUUGUUUUAUUAUGGCGUCGUGGUAUAAAUGUUCUAACCGCCUCCAAUAUCAUGGUGACAAGGGAUGAGCGCGUAAGACUGAUAGAUGGUUAUAAUUUAGAGAUAUCGGAUUUGGAACCACAAGAUGCUGGUGAUUAUGUCUGUCAAAUAAGUGACAAAAUAAAUCGCGAUCAAGUGCAUACAGUGGAGAUAUUGGUACCCCCCAGUGUAAGGGCCACACCAACUUCGGGUAAUUUGCAGGCCCGCAAAGGUGGCCCUGUGACUUUGGAGUGCAAAGGCUCGGGUAAUCCUGUGCCUUCUAUAUACUGGACGAAAAAGAGUGGUGCUGGUAAAUCAACGGCUCGCAUUGGCGAUGGUCCAAUUUUAACAUUGGAAAAAGUGGAACGUCAACAGGCUGGCGUUUAUCAAUGUACCGCAGAUAAUGGUGUUGGUGAACCAGUUAGUGUCGAUAUACGCUUGGAUGUUUUAUAUCCUCCUGAUAUACAAGUGGAAAAGUCUUGGAUUCACUCUGGCGAAGGUUUUGAGGCAAAACUUGUUUGCAUUGUUUAUGCUGAUCCCAUUGCAACGGUAUCCUGGUAUCAAAAUUCAUUUUUAAUACAAACAACCGAUAGACGUAUAAUGUCAUCAAGAGGAAAUCGUCAUACCUUAACCAUAAGACACAUACAGCAAGAAGAUUUUGGCAACUAUAGCUGUGUUGCUGAUAACACUUUGGGUCGCUCACGCAAAUACAUGGAGUUAUCUGGUCGUCCUGGCCCUGCAGAAUUCUAUUCACCCAAAUGGGGUCGCUCAUCGGACAGUUAUAAUCUUACAUGGAAAAUUGAUAGUUAUCCACCAUUGGAGGAAGUACGUUUACUCUAUAGACGUGUUUUGAUGAAUGAUACAUUCCAACAUCCAGGUAGAUGGCAUGAUUUUAUACUAACACCCGAACAUCGUCCAGCCUCGGAACCGCUAACACACAUCAUGUCAUACACAAUAAAGAAUCUUGUACCCGGAGCGUAUUAUGAAGCCAUUGUACAGGCAAAAAAUCGUUAUGGUUGGAAUGAGGUCAGUGAUAUAUUUCAAUUUAUUGUGGCCAGCAACAGCAUGGACAUACCACCCGAAGAAUCCGAAGUUGUAGCAAGUUCUAAAUCACGCAGUAAUGCUGCAUCAUCGUCAACCCUGCACACAUACACAUUGAAACAUUUACAACUAAUAUUGUAUGCAUUUGGGGCAACAUUCUUAUUUAGCAGUUUAUGUCAACACAGGCGUCAAUUUUGGGGUUUGGGAAAUACAUAA